GGGGGCUUUGCACAGCUAGAAAAUAAAGCUCAGCUCAGUGUAUAGCAUAAGGUCGCUUAUGCUUCUUUCUAAUAACUUCAAUAUCAUUGGUUAUUAUAAGAAUUUGAUAUUUUUUAAUGGAGCGUGAAGAAUGAAAAGCGGAGUCUGAUGCUGAAUGAGAACACCUCUACGCCAUCAAGCAACAGCGACAUAUGUACCUUCUUGUUUUUAUCGGGAUUGUUUUCAUUUAAUAAUGAACGGGAAUGACAUUCGAAUCCCAUCCACCGAUGAUGUUUCUAUAGAGUUAGAGGAGGCUUACGUAGAAGCACCACCGCAGACUACCACAGCAAGAAUAGAAAGUAGAUCUCAUCGAAGGCUACUCUUUUGGAGUUGGUGGAUAGCAUUAUCUCGAAGUGCCCCGGAGGGAAUAGGCGUGGCAGGAUUAAAGUACGCCCUACUUCCUACGGAGAGUUGGUGCAGACGGUUGGGAUGGCUGAUUAUACUCAUCUGUGCCGUAACGGCCUGUACGAUCAUGAUCGCUGAGAGGUCUUUCUAUUUCGCCUCCUCUCCUCUCUCAGUCGACAUCAGUGUUAACCAGACUUCAGCCGAGCUAACCUUCCCAAAGGUCGUCAUCUGUAAUUUCAAUUUAUUUGUAAAAUCCAAAACACAGGCCCGUCCAGCGGUCGAUAAGGUACUUCGGAUUUACGAGAACAGUCGAUAUAAUCCCAAUAAAAACAUAACACUGUCAGAGGAAGAAGUGGAAGAAAUUCGCAAACACGAUAUGACGGAAAUAUACAACGAAUUAAAACACACAAAGGAGGAUAUGUUUAUCAGAGUAGUAUUUGGCGGUCAGCAAGUUCUCUUAGAGGAUAUCGUACCAGUCUUUACUACAUUCGGGGUAUGUUAUCAGAUUAAUGACGGGCAAGAUGGAAGGAAAUUACUGAAAGCUGCGGGUGCCGGAAGGGCCUUUGGUCUGAGUAUGAUACUCAACGUAGAACAAGACAAGUAUUACUACAACACAUUCCUGAAGGAUGCAGUCGGUUUUUCUAUCCAUCUGCUUGAUCAAAAUGAUACCACUUACUUGCACCAAGAAGGAUUUCAGGUCGGACCGGGCACGUCUACGGCAGUAUCUAUCACUGCUAGACAGAUAUACAACGAGGAGCCGCCUUAUGGAGUUUGUGGAGAAACGAAACUGCAGUAUUAUUACAAAUAUUCCAGAAAUAAGUGUCUUGUCGAAUGCUUAGCCCAAGCGGUGGUAUCAGCAUGCGGAUGUCGAACACCCUCGCUUCCAGGCAAUGCACCCGUGUGUGAUGCAAUUGCUGUUGGGACAUGCACCAACAUCUUUUUUGAGAUCGGCAACAUAACUUUGUGCGAUCCCGAUUCUGUUGGUGCGUGCAGCAAUACCUUCUGUGAACCACGUUUUCAACAUGGUAGCUUACAUUUAGAGCCCUGUGAAUGCCCUUUGAACUGCCAGGAAAGAGACUUUCUUGUCGGGGUAUCCACAACAAAAUACCCAUCGCACUUCAGAGCUCGACUACUAGAAGAAUAUAUCAGGGAUGGAGUGCUUAACAUCCUGAACACAACAUCUAUCAAUUCCUCCUACAUUGAGGACAACUUCGUUUCCAUUGAUCUGUUUUUCAGUGACAUCAAUACCAUGGUAGUUACCCAGAAAGCAGCAUAUACAUUUUGGGCAUUAAUGUCUGACAUAGGUGGGUCUCUUGGACUAUGGCUGGGCGGGAGUCUGCUCACAUUAUUUGAAAUCCUGGAUCUUUGUGGACACUCGUUCUUCUCUAAGACACGAUAGCACCAUUUGGAAAUAACAACCCGGUCUACAAACCUAUUUGUCUGCUCCGUUUUGGCCCAUCGAUCAUGCAUCGACCCUACUUCGUCUACAUUCUAAUAAUAAUAAUGAUAAUAUUGAUGAUAAUAAUAAUGCUAAUAAUAAGUGGAUUUAUACAGCGCUUUUUCCAGAGGAUACAAGCGCUUUUGAUGGCAUAAGACAAGUUAAGGUUUAUGAUUAUAUAAGUGUGUUUUAGAUGUUUUCUGAAGAGGUCAGGAGAAGAGAGGUUUCGGAGAGAUGGUUCUACUAGUCCUACAACUAGUUCAUCUACUCACCAUGUAGUUACAGUCUAUUCGACAUAAGAAUAAAUUAUAUAAAUGGUAUAUACGUAAUCCGUCAGAUGAAAAUGCUUCCGUUUAUAAAAAUUAUCGUAAUUUACUCACAGCGCUAAUUCGUAAAACAAAAUCACAAUAUUUUCAUAAUGAAUUUUUACUCAAUAAAUCCAAUAUUAAUCGCACUUGGAAAACAAUUAAUUUACUACUUAAUAAAAGUAAACCAAGUGAAAAUUUUGUGUUUAAACAUAACGGGAAAACUGUUACAGAGCCGAGCACUAUAUCGAAUUCGUUUAAUAACUUUUUUACUAAUAUCGGUCCAUCUUUGGCAAACAGAAUCCCUGAAACUCAAACGGACUAUUUGAAGUUUAUCAAUGAUCCACCAACUGACUCCUUGUAUCUGUAUCCCACCUCGGAGAAUGAGAUUUGUAACAUUGUUAAAACAUUUAAAAACAAUAAAGCGGCUGGUUUGGAUGAAUAUAGUCCAAGAGUCAUCAAACAAGUCGUACCAUAUAUUUGUGGACCUUUGUGUCAUAUAUUUAAUUUGUCUUUAUCAAAAGGAAUAUUUCCUCAUGAAUUAAAAAAGGCCAAAGUGACACCAAUUUUUAAAUCUGGGGACAAAGGUGAAUUUACGAACUACAGACCUAUUUCUGUUUUAUCUGUUUUUUCUAAGUUAUUAGAGCGUAUUCUUUACAAGAGGACUUUCGAAUUUCUUGAAAAAUUUUCUAUUCUUUAUGAUAAUCAAUUUGGGUUUCGUAAAGAUUAUUCCACAAGCAUGGCUCUUGCAAGUCUCUCUAGUAAAAUAAUAGAUGCUUUUGAAAAUAAUGAGUUCGCAAUUGGAGUUUUCAUCGACCUAUCCAAAGCCUUUGAUACAAUUAACCAUAACAUAUUACUAUCUAAAUUAUAUCGUUACGGCAUACGUGGUAUUGCUUAUAAUUGGUUCACUAGCUAUCUUAAUAAUCGUUUAACAAUGUACUAAAUACAAAUCGUGUGUGUCAGACUUUAAGACAAUAACCUGUGGAAUUCCCCAGGGCAGUCUCCUCGGCCCAUUGUUAUUUAUAUUAUAUAUUAAUGAUCUUUAUAAAUCAGCAAAUGAGCUAUCCUUUAUAUUAUACGCCGAUGAUACAAAUAUAUUUCAUAGCAAUUCAAACUUGAACUCCCUUUGUGAUAUUGUGAAUGCAAAUCUUGUACAUGUAUGUGAAUGGUUUAAGGCUAACAAAUUAUCUUUAAAUGUCAAGAAAUGUAACUACAUGGUUUUUCAUAAUAGAAAGAAUGUCGAUUUGAAUGAUGCAUGUGUUAUACUCGACAACGUAAUAUUACCACGGGUAGACAAGGCCAAGUUCCUUGGAAUUUAUUUAGAUAGUUUUAUGACAUGGAAAGAUCAUAUACAUGAGAUCGAAAGUAAAGUAUCCAAAAACAUUGGUAUUAUAUCUAGAAUUAAAUAUCUCUUGCCAAGUCACAUUCUACGUAUGUUAUAUUGUGCUCUGAUACUUCCAUAUUUCUCGUAUUGUAAUAUUAUUUGGGCCAACUCCUGUAAGUCUAGCAUCCUAAAGCUUAUAAUACUGCAAAAGAGGAUUGUUCGUAUUAUAUCUGGAUUACAUUUUCAAUCUCACACAAAUCCUGUAUUCAAAGAGUUAAAAUUAUUGAAAUUUAGCGAUAUUAAUUUGCAUCAGCAAAGUAUUUUUAUGUACAAAAGCAUAAACAACAUUUUCCCCUCUCAAUUUAGUAAUCUCUGUCAUUUUAACUGCAAUUCGGAUAUUCAUAAGUAUAGCACGAGAAGCGCUACCCAAAUUCAUUUACCAAAACAUAGAACCCGAAGAUUUCAAUACGAUAUUCGCUACUCUGGGCCAAAAUUUUGGAACAGUUUACCAGCCCGCCUACAAAACUCUCGUUCUUUGCAAUCUUUCUCUUAUAAAAUGAAACUUUAUUAAAAUGCUCGCACUGACAGAGAUCAUUGACAUGUUGACAUGCUUGAACUACCUUCCAUUUCUAAUGUUAAUUAAUGCACAUGCCUUACCUGUUGCUCUGCUAGACAAAUGUCGCUCAAGCUCUUUAUAUAUACAUGUACCAAUAUUACGUAAUUGCGACCAGUUUACUCUGUUAUUCAAAUGAACUUAUCUUCUAAUGCCUACAUUUCUUCUCCCUCUUCUCCAUCUGUGUUUCUUUUUCUACUCUUAACUUUCUUAUUUAUAUGCAAUUACAUAUGAUGUCAUUACAGUACGUAACUUGUUAUUUAUUUGUGUCUGGCGACCCCAACUCAAGCUCUGCUUUCCGGGUUUUCGCCUCCUUCAAAAUUGUGUCGAAAUAUAUACUGUAUUCGUUACUAUGUCAAAUAUUAUUUUGUAUCUGUUUGAAGGAAAUAAAUGUGAUUUUCAAUCAAUCAAA